AGAUCCAACGACAAUAUUAAAUUUUAUUUGAAAAAAAAAAAAAUAUAUAUAUUUCACUUGGUGUGCCACUUGGCUUUCGACAACAACUUAAUGUUGCUUUAUUUUAUUUAUUUAUUAUUCAAUAUUUUAAUUAACCUUAUUGCAAAAUUAAAUAUUUAUUAAAUUUAUUUUAAAUCAAAAUAUAAAUGGGUUUUUUUAAUUAAAUAGUUUUUUAAAUUUUCAUUUAUUAUAUUUUUUAGAAAAAAUUAAUCAUUGUGGUUAAAUAAAUAAUGGCUGUGAGUAAUGUGUUUUUUAAUCUUGUGUUUGUUUGGAUUGUAUUUAAAUUUGAUUCAGUGUCAUCAAUUCAUGGAUUAAUUCCACGAGUAAUCAAUCCAACAUUAUGCAAUCGCAUUGCCAAAGAGCUAAGAAUUCAUGGAAAAAAAGAAGAACCAAAUAUUCCUUCUAAAUUAUCGAUGAAAAUUUACACUGGAAAUACUAUUGCUAGAUCAACAGUCAUUAAUAUUCCAAUGACAGAACCAGAAGAAAUUUUCCACUACAUUGAUCAUGAAAAACCACUUGUUAUUUAUAUUCACGGUUUUCGAGAACAUCCAUCAAAUGAAAGUAUUCGAACAGUUGUUGGAGCACACUUGGAGCGAGGUACUGAUAAUAUAUUUUUACUUGACUGGAGUAAAUUGGCUUUUGAUCCAUACCUAACAGUUAUAACUCGUCUCAAAGAAAUUGCUAAAAUAUUUGCAUAUACUUUUGAUACGUUGGUUGAUCUUGGAUUGGAUCUAGAUAAUUUUCAUCUUGUUGGACACUCAUUGGGUGCACAAAUAUCUGGAUUUUUUGGAAGAUUUAGUAAUUAUACAAUUCCAAGAAUAACAGGACUUGAUCCAGCUUUCCCAGGUUUUUAUCAUUUUGGUGCUGAACAUAUCGAUGCAGAUAGUGCAACAUUUGUUGAUAUUUUACACACUGAUGGUGGUUUUUAUGGAGCACUUGAAAAUACAGGAACAGCUGAUUUUUAUGCAAAUACUGGCACACGUGCACAACCUGGUUGUCCAUUUUUUGGAGUUCCAUUAACACCAUCUGAUUUGUGUAAUCAUUGGAUGUCUUGGCGAUAUUACGCUGAAUCAGUAAAAAAUAAUUUUGCAUUUAUAGCUGUUAAAUGUUCGUCUCAUAUUAUGUAUACAAUGGGAAAAUGUAGGAAAAAUCAUCAAGUGUUUUUUGGAUAUGGUACACCAAGAAAUUCACGUGGAUCGUAUUAUUUUAAAACUAGUGCCAAGUCUCCAUAUGGAAAUAAAAUAUCCAAUUAUUCUUGGGGUUAAAUUAAAGCAUUGUGAUGGGUAUCUAAAUAAACUACUUGUGUUGGCAAAAAAAAAAUAAUAACCACAUCCAGAUUGAUUAUUGACUUUCUUGAAUUAAUUAUCUGAUUGCUCAGUAGAAAUAUGGUUGUUGUUUUUUCUUUGUAUUUCAUCAAUUACCGUUGAAAUA